AUGUUGGCUCCAUUUUUCGAGAAAGCUCCUUCUCUUCUUCAAAAACCAGAUGGAUCGAUUCUGUUUGAAUGUCUUUGUAAUGCAAACCCUCAGCCAACUAUCAAAUGGAUUUUCAAAGAUAAGGAACUCUCAGGAGACAGAUAUGUUCAAAAAAUUAAAAAAACUGUAGGAAAAUGGACUGUUACAAUGCAACUAAAGAACCCAAGCCAAGCCGAUCAAGGAAUCUACAAAGUUGUAGCCACUAACGAUCGCGGGAGUCACAGUGUUGAGCAGCAAUACAUUCAUUGCCAAACCGCCAAUGAGAUUUUCAAGACUCAAUAA